AUGACGAAUUACAAUCCAAUCGAUGUGAUCAACAAAGAAAUCGGAUCUGAAGAAUGUCGACGAUUGCUCGCGAAAGUCGACAAAAUGCGAGAAAUCCUGCGACAGGAGAAAUUUUCUCUGCCGCAAAUCGUCGUCGUUGGUGAACAAUCAGUAGGAAAAUCUUCGAUACUCGAGGCGAUUAGCGGUAUUGAGUUGCCUCGAGCACAAGGUAUGUGUACACGUUGUCCAUUGGAACUGCGUCUGAAGCGAACUCCGUCGAACAGAAAUGAUUAUGCUACAAUUCAAUGCAAAGAUGUCGCCGAAUCGAUCUUAACAGAUCUUUCACAAAUUUCUGCUGCAGUAAUUGAAUGCACGAAUCGAUUGACUGGGGAUUUAAGCAGUGUUUCUUCAUCGCCCAUUUUUCUUACAGUUUAUAAACAAGACAUUCAAGAUGAUUUAACACUAAUUGAUUUACCAGGAAUUGUUCGAGCACAAGAACACGGUCAAGCAUCGACAACGACUUAUCAAGAUAUUAUCAAAUUGAUUCAUCAGUGUGUUGCAUCUCCAAUGACGAUUGUUUUACACGUCAUCCCAUCAUGUAUCGAUUUUACAACAUCGGAAUCCAUUCGAAUCUGUCAACAAUAUGAUCCACGAUGUUCGAUGGAAUAUUUCUCCUCACAGAAACAACAAGUAUUUCGAAACAAGAAAUACUCGACAAUUUUUUCCCUUUGGUAA